AUGUCUUCCAAGAAAACGUUGAAACAGAUUCUCGAUUCGGAAUACAUCGAGGAAAGCGACGAUGAAGCCGAAGCUGCCCUAGAAAGGUCCACCGGCGAAAUUGAUGGAAAUGAUGGUGGAGAAGAGGUCAUUGACAAAAACUACUGUGUUGAUUGCAAAGACAUGAAGACUGAAAUUAUAUGCAGGGAUUGUGAAGAACAAUUCUGCGUGGUUUGUUUCGACAUGAUUCACCGCAGCGGUCGCAGAAAGCAGCACGAGUUUGUUAAAACCAGUCCUGAAGGACAGGAGCAACCAGAUGGGGAGUAUGAGCAAAAACAGGUGCAGGACAUGGCCAACGUCGGUGACAAAACAGACAAGGAAACCGUCAUGCAAGUCCCGGAAACUGUCAACUCCCUUGACCAUAAGAUGCUUGCUAUGCUAUCCAAACAUGCCAAGUUUAUACCCAUGCGCUUAACAUCCGAGGAGAGACAUCUAUUGAGGCUAUUAGAGGCCGCUUUGCAUGUAUCGGAAUACACGGACCGCGUCGAUAUAAUAUCGUACAAAUCCAAGGCCAAACGUAUUGUCGAACAGCUGAAAGAGAUGUGCUCUGUGUUGUGUGGGUUAGUUAUUGCUUCUAAUCUGAAAGUGGGUAAAAAGCUGUUAGAAAUGAAGAAUUUCUCGGAUAACUCAUCGUGGUUCCAAGAUGUCUUCGAAAUCGGCAGACGUUAUAAGAUCAUGAACCCCGAGAAAAUGAGAGAUACGUACGGUAAGAUGUGCUACAUGAUUAUGGAUUCCCGCUUGCCCCAAAUCGAAGAUCACAUGGAAUUCCAUUUGUUCAAGCCCAUUAAGACGGUAUACGACUACCUCUCAAAACCUGAGGAUCAGGGCCAUGCUUUGAAAGUAUUCGAGGAUAAGCUAAUUCUAUACGCAACCUCACAAAUCUCACCUGUUGGAAAAACCAGAGCGGAAAUUAACAGGCUGAUCAGGCAAAAGGAAACAGCGGUAGAAAAAUUGGUCUCCAGAUAUUCUAGCAAGCAUUAUGGCAAAGAUGACAUUCGUCAGGUUCUGUACUCAAUUGGUGAUUACAAUGCGUACAUUAAUAUGAAUCGCAGACCUGUCAUGCGCAUGCUUGAGCGUUUAGAAGCCUUUCGGGAUCCCAGUAUCGCAACUCAGUAUUCACUUGGCAUUCAAUAUGGGCGCCAUGGUGCUCGCCUGACCCACGAUCACAUGCGUCAAAUGGAAUAUGUGCAACAAUCGCUCUCACUGUGGUCGUUGAUACAGAGAGAGAUGAUACAUUUGUGGUAUAUUGCUGAUCAGGAUCUUUACAACCCUUAUGAGUACAGACUGGCCUCCACUGGCCAAGGUCUGAACCGUAUAAAAGCUUGUCCAGCGUUGUAUCGAGAAAUGCAUUCCAUCCUACAAGAAUGCCGUUCUAAGUGUGAGACAUGGGUAGGUUCGUCAGUGGUACAUCUAGGAGAUGAUGCAGUUCCUAACGCUUUAUUUUUCCUCGACAAAUACACCCAGGUUCCUAACAUCUUGAUUCCCUUUGAUCAAACCUUACUACAAAUCAAUGACUUGGUCAAAGACGAUGCCUCCCUCUUAGAAUAUAUCGAGGCAGAGUACGGGUCGGUUGAUGACUUGAAGCUAACGAUACUUCAAGAUGCUUUUGCCCACAUGUUUGACGGUUCGGGAGCUGAUAAUUUCUACAUGAGUGGAUCGUGUAUUGACGGUAGAUUAACUUCGGCUUGGAAUCACACCAACGCCAUCGCAAAAAAGAAGUACUAUAAAAUCUUUCUAAUGACAGGAUUCAUCGGAUUUAAUGGUCAAGAGGGCUUCUGA